AAGCAGGAGGUUACCCUCUGUACCAUCACCGGAGAGCCCAGGGCUAUUUACCGCUAGGGUUCUUGUCCACUAAACCACUGAGAUAGGAAACUCUGAGGUGACUUUAAUGUGGAGUUACUGAAGCUGGCUAAAGUGGAGGUCAGCAACCUUACUUCUUUGGAGGACUUACUUUUUAGUGAAGAAUUUGCCCUUUACAGUCUGCUGUCGGAGUGUUUGCGCAGGUCGUUUUUAUACCGGGCUGUUGGGACCUUGUUUUCAAAUAUGUCAUUUAAAUCCCUAAAGGAGUUUGGAGUUUCUGCUGAAAGACUCGGCUCAAUAUACAAGCGAUGGAUGACUCGUGUUCAAAGCAACGGCAACAAGAUGAAUGGUUCGUUGGAGCACUUGGACCAGCCAGACCCUGACUCCAUCAAGAUGUUUGUUGGACAGAUCCCACGCUCCUGGUCAGAAACAGAACUUAAAGAGCUCUUCGAACCUUUUGGAGCUGUUCAUCAAAUCAACAUCCUCCGUGACCGCACCCAAAACCCCCCUCAGAGCAAAGGAUGCUGUUUUGUAACUUUUUAUACCAGAAAAGCUGCACUGGAUGCCCAGAAUGCGCUGCACAACAUAAAGACCUUAAGUGGGAUGCAUCAUCCUAUUCAGAUGAAGCCCGCUGACAGCGAGAAAACAAGCGCGGUAGAAGACAGAAAACUGUUCAUUGGAAUGGUUUCAAAGAAAUAUGGCGAGAAUGAGGUCAGAAUGAUGUUCUCCUCUUUCGGCCAGAUAGAGGAAUGUCGAAUUCUCCGUGGGCCUGACGGUCAGAGCCGAGGCUGUGCGUUUGUCACAUUUGCUACCAGAUCAAUGGCACAGAAUGCAAUCAAAACCAUGCAUCAUUCUCAGACUAUGGAGGGCUGCUCCUCACCUUUGGUGGUGAAGUUCGCAGACACGCAGAGGGAUAAGGAGCAGCGGCGCCUGCAGCAGCAGUUGGUUCAGCAGAUUCAGCAGCUAAACAGCGCCUCUACCUGGGGAAACCUGACUGGCUUGGGAACCCUCUCGCCUCAGUAUCUGGCACUGCUCCAGCAGGCCACGUCCACCCCCAACCAGGGAAGCUUCAACAUGCAGAGGGUGGGAGGUAUGAAUACCCUUCAGCUGCAAAACAUGGCCACACUAGUAGCAGCUGCUGCGGCAGCCCAGAGUUCUGGCAGCCCCACAUCCACCAGUACCCUGUCUGCAGGCAGCGGAGCCCUGGGUGCUCUGGCCAGUCAAGCUGGUUCAACUGCAGGUUCUGGUGCUGGUGCAGCAAUGAACACUUUGGCCUCCCUAGGUACCCUGCAAGGUCUCACCGGAGCCUCCAUGGGCCUCAACAACCUUAAUGCUCUCACCAGUGGGAUGGGGGCCUUGAAUGGAGGCCUCGGGGCCUCGAUGGCAAACGGGUCGGCAGCCAGCUCCAUGGAUGCGCUAACCCAGGCUUACUCAGGAAUGCAGCAGUACACCGCCUCCGCCCUGCCCUCACUCUAUGGUCAGAAUCUCCUGCAGCAGAGUAUCGCUGGCAGCCAGAAGGAAGUAGGGCCAGAGGGCGCCAACCUGUUCAUCUACCACCUGCCCCAGGAGUUUGGGGACCAGGAUCUUCUGCAGAUGUUCAUGCCUUUUGGAAACGUGGUUUCAGCCAAAGUCUUCAUUGACAAACAGACCAAUCUGAGCAAGUGCUUCGGCUUCGUCAGCUAUGAUAAUCCUGUGUCUGCACAAGCUGCCAUCCAGGCCAUGAAUGGUUUCCAAAUCGGCAUGAAACGGCUGAAGGUUCAACUGAAGCGCUCCAAAAACGACAGCAAGCCCUACUGAUUCUGCCCUCUCCCCAGCUCUAAUGCUAGCAAAGCUAGGGUAAGUUUGCCCUCCAGCCAAAGUCACCACAGCAGAGACUCAGUGGGGGCGCAGGGAAGGAGGGUGGCUCCCCUCCUUUCAAAAAAAAAAAAAAGAAAAAUUAGUUGCAAUGAUCUUACCAUGUUUUAUUGUAUUUCAUUCCUGCGGUUUUUAACAUGUCGUUGAAUUGGAUGAGAUAUUAUAAUGUAUAUGAUUAUUUAUGACUAUCACUGGAGUCGAUGUUCGCUGGAGGUGUGUCGUAUCGUGGAGCAUCGAGUUUGUUUCGAAGCCUUUUCAUUGACUGCAAGUCGACAGGUUGACUAAGGAUCAGAUGUUGUUAAAGGGCUGAAGCCGGGCCACGUCUCAGAGUCUGCGUGUUUGUCUCCCAUUCUCAGUGUGAAGCUCUGUUGCACUCCUCAGUCUCCCCUCCUUGUGUCUCCCGGUCCUCCUCCCUCCGGUUGUCUCUCUGAUCUAAGCCAUGUUGCGCUGGGCUACCUCUCUUUCUAUUAACAACUCUUCCAGUCAUUCCAUCCAUCCUCCAGCCUCUCACCGGGGACUGGCUCUCGAUGGAUCUCUAUGGGUGCCAAGUAAACAGUCAGUGCAUGUGGGAGUCUCUGCCAUCCAUCUUGGUGGUGUCACUUUCUCCAGUAUGUGUAUCGUUUGUGUGGGGAGGAGGGGCGGUGUUCCAGUCCUCUCCUAACUACAUGGUUGUUUUUGUUGUUGUUUUGUGCCUCAUGGCUAAAAGAUUCUUGUGCCGUGCCCCUAACUUUCUCUUUGUCCCCUCUCACUCUCUCUCUUUCUGUCUCUCUCUCUCUCCUUUGUGUUUUUGUCCCUUUUUUAGAACAAAUCUCCAUGCCUGUUUGCCCAUCAUUAGCCUAGCAUGUCUUCAUGAUGUUGAAAGCCAAGCCAAACUCCUGGCCUCAUCAUCCCACCAUUGUCUGUGAUGUCUCUCUAAGCUCGCCUGACCAAUACCUGGCCACCCACUGACUCUUGACCUUAGAUCAACCUGAUUAUUUUGUUUCUGCAUGUGUUUUAUUUUCUGUAUAGAAAUGUGACAGGCGGGAGAGAGGUCAAACAAAUUAAUGUGAAAGUUUGUGUUCCUGUGAUUUCUUCUUUUGAAUGUUUUAAAAAAAAACCUGUGGGAUUUCUUAUUUUAAGCUUUGUUUUUUUUAUGUUUUCUUUUACCUCUCUCAGUAAAGUUAACUUGAACGUUGGAAUACAGGGAUUGGCACAUCGCCGUUCUACUUUGUGCCAUUAGCAAUAUGUUGGCUUGUUUAAAAAAACCUGCUUAUUUACAGACCACUCUCCAACACUUUUGAACGUCUGACCAGUAAAACUCUGCAGACGUUCAUCAGAGCUAUUUAAAGUACUUUUUUUUUUUUCAUUUGCAGAAAUAUCCAGUGUAUUUACCUUUUUGAACUAUUGAUGGCACAAGUCAAGGUACAUUUGCUCUGUUUAGAGAAAUGACUACCUACAUGAGUCAACUUUUUUAGAACUGAUUCACAACUAGACAAUCUGUGGUUUAAAUGCACACUUAGAUUACCUAUAUUUUAUACCAUUGAAUCUAUAGAGGUUUAACUAACAGAACCCAGAAACGUUGGGUUGUUUUGUAGAUUAUAUUGUUUGUCAUCUGUGUAGGUGGGGGUGGGCCCAACAGUCCACAGCAUUUCUUAAAAAAAAAAAGAAAAAAAAAACAUUUGAAUCGAGUCAAAAACACACUUGAUGUUUAAAAAUAGUUUCUUCUGCGUCAAUUAAAAUGCCAGCUUCUUUGUGAGAUGUUGGAGUUUCUUUUCUUUUUUUUUUUUUGGGCAAUUUAUUUGUUCUUUGUGUCAAAUUAAUAGAAUUUCAGUGUUUAACUUCCAUGGUACGUCUUGAUGACUUUCUGUGAAUUUCUCAUGAAUAAUAUAAUGGAUGUUUUCACUUUGGUUCAAUUUGGAUGCCUCAAUGUUGAAAGAUGAUUAUUUAUGUCUGUCAAACAUACCGAUGUCAGACAAUGUCUUUGUUUUCUUGUCCAAGUGCCCGUGCGUUGAUCUCCGUGUUUUAAGAUUUUCACUUCUUUCUCGUAAAAGUUGCCCGGCUUUCUUACACCACCACACACACAGCUGUGCACGUGGGAGCCCCUGAAGAGGUCACAUGGACACACGAUCUGUGGCUCUCUGCACAUGGAAUAGAAACAUGCAUGCUUUUCUCUGCUAUUUUUGAAGUUACUCUCGCGGCCAUGCUAUUACGGUGAAGUCCACCACUAAGGUGUCGGUUUACAAAUACAUUCCAUUUCCUUUGAGCACAAAGUUUACACUUUUGGUAUCUGUCUGUUGGACUGCAUGAGACGACCUUAGUAAAAUAUAUAUCCCCUUGUUUGCUUACCUAAAUGCACGAAUGAGUUGUCCACUCAGGGUUUUCUGUCUUAUACUAGAUCACAAAGAAUUACUAAUUAAGUAAAAUGCACAAUUGUCGCCAUUUUUUUUACCCCUAUUGUCUCUAAAGCCUCGCCCUGCUCCCCCACCCCAAAAAAAGAACCAAA